GAAAUCACUCUGUUUUCCUCAGACAUUGUCCGUGUCCAACAGGAAAGUGGAGUUUCUAUCUCAGAUCCCUGUCAGACUUGGCACAGUAUUUCCAGUGUGGCUGAUUUCCCCUGGUUUGAAGUUGUAGGAUGAGCACUCAGGAUUCCAGGCCAAGAUGUGAGGUUCAUUGUGACCCUCAGAUUGUUCAGCCACCAGAGAUCCAAAUAUAGAUUCCUUGCUAUCUUCUUAGAGAUGGAUGAAAGUGGGGGGACAGAAUAAUCGCCAGGGACACCACACUUCAAAUUCUUUCUGUGGACUCUCCAGUUCCAUGGGUAAUCAUGGGGACCAUCAAGAAAAAUCACACCGUACUGAAACUUCCACUGUUGGACACGUUCAACACACCGAAAAACUAUGACCAUCCUGAGGUUCUGAGACACACCUUCGAGACACUCUCUAGCCUGCACAAGCUGCUCCCGAAUCAUCUAUUGGAAAAGCUUCAUUCCUACAAGAGUGAAGAGGACAAAAGAAAAUGUGAGGAUCCUGAACUCUCUGGAUUAGAAAGAGUCUUAAAAAGACAUGAGUAUCCAAAGGAGAUUAACCUGAGCCCAAAGCCGAGCAGUAUGCCCCUGUGGCAGAGAAACAUCAUGAACACUGCAAACCGGAGUAAAUGCCAGAAGAGCACCCCCAAUACUCCAAUGUCGGCGAUCGUCGUCAGGAAAGCCACAGCCCCUCUGGCUCACAUCUUCUAAACAAUGAAAGCCCAAAUCUGUUGUAAGAAGGAGCUGCAAUUACUUAUCUUCUGUCACAGAUCAAAUCAGAGAUGGCACAAAAACAGGAAUAAUGCUAAAACGCCAGUUUUUGAGAGGGACAGAGGAGGACAAGGAAAGAAGACAAACUCCCCGUACAAGAAGAGUCACCUUGGUGCUGAUAGCGUUCUUCUUGGCCGGCCGGUUCAACAUUAUCUUCGUGAUGCCGUCCUCAGAGGUUACCACCAGGAAUUCAUAUGCCCCUUGCUUACUCUCCGCGCCAGGUUUUACCUGGCUAGAGGACUCAGAUGAGCUCAAACUGGACACCAAAUCCACAUAGUUCUGCCUGGCAGUUUCCUAAAGAGAAGAUGACAACUAGUUUCAGCCCAUGGUCAGCAAAUAGGUACUUGAGAAACUUACGAGGCUGAUACAUAGCAUCUUGCAAUGAAGAAAGAAUGGCCGUUCUGGUUCAAUAGAGGUAUGUCAAGAUCCCGGACCUCUCUGUCUAUAAUGGCUUGACAAGGAGAAGCACCUAACUCAUUUUAGGAGAACAGCAAGUCAAAUAGGAGCAAGGUAACAAGUAGACUUACCUUGGGCAGGCUGCCAAGGCCAUUCCAUGCAUCCCAUUUGGCCUUAUUGACAAAGUCGAACACACCAGGCUUGGGCGCAUUACAAGGGCCUUCCGUGGCCUGUGGAAAGGAGAGGGGCGGCUGUGGUCAGAUACUCAUGCAAAAAGGAACCAUAAAUAAAUGCACAACUAGAUGACCAUGUCUGCCCUUCACCAAAUACUUGGACAAGGUACAAAAAUUGAUGUGAACUUUCCUCUCUGAGGUUACUGCCAAAACAUGCACAAACAACUGGAAAAAAGCCUGGAGACAAAAUGUGCUAUUGGCUAUCAGUCCCUAUAUUUUUCACUGCCUGAAUGUGAAAAUGAAGCAAGAGAAGUGUUUUGGGGAAAGUCAAAAUCCCGAGCUCUCCAUUUAUAUGGCUUGACAAGGAGAAGCACCUGACUCAUUUUAGGAGAACAGCAAGUCAAAUAGGAGCAAGGUAACAAGUACUUUCAGAAGUACUUAGUUCAGAAGUUUUCUAUGGGUGAUCACAUAUUUAAUACACAAUUGAAAUAUUCAAGAAACAUUUGGAAACUCACAAUAAAUGCUGAAAGCCCAGUCAAAGGUUUAAAACAGCCCCACUCAUUCAGUGGGGAAUUUUCAGUAAUGGAGUAACAAAACUGUUGCUGGGAAGCAGUCGUAGGGAGGGUCAGAGCCACUGGCCCUUCAAAAAUAUAACUGAAGAACAUGCAAGCAGAAAGCAAAAAGCACCUAAAUUUUGUUUGUUUCGGGUAGACUGAGUGUUUUGAGAUGAAUAAAAUAUCCUACUCGGCUGCUUUUCAGA